CUGCUGGCUGACGGAGCAGCUAGGCGUGCUGGCAAAUCCUUGCGGAGGGCGAGAGAGGCGCCGCGGGGGUGCAGCAAGCAAGCAAGCGGGAAGAUGGCAGCGGCGGAAGCGCACCGGGUGCUCGUCUACGGUGGUCGGGGCGCCCUGGGCUCCAAAUGCGUGCAGUACUUCCGAGCGAAGGACUGGUGGGUGGCCAGCAUUGACUUAGCAGAAAAUGAAGAAGCAUGUGCCAACAUAGUUGUGAAAAUGAGUGAUUCGUUUACUGAACAAGCAAAUCAGGUGACAGAAGAUGUUGAGAAGCUCCUGGGUGAAAAAAAGGUCGAUGCUAUCUUUUGUGUAGCUGGAGGAUGGGCUGGAGGCAGCGCAAAAGCGAAAUCUGUAUACAAAAACAGUGACUUGAUGUGGAAGCAAAGUGUUUGGACAUCAACUAUUUCUGGCCACCUGGCCACCAGGCACCUGAAGGAAGGGGGCUUGUUGACCCUAACCGGGGCAAAAGCAGCAUUAUCUGGGACUCCAGGAAUGAUUGGUUAUGGCAUGGCCAAAGCAGCAGUCCAUCAGCUCUGUCAGAGUCUUUCUGGAUCAAGUAGUGGUUUGCCCCCUGGGUCUGCUGCGGUUGCCAUCCUGCCGGUUACCUUGGAUACACCGAUGAACAGGAAAUCCAUGCCUGACGCAGAUUUCAGCUCCUGGACACCAUUAGAUUUUAUUGCUGAAACCUUUUAUGACUGGGUGACUGGAAAAAAACGGCCAGGCUCUGGAAGUCUGAUCCAGGUGGUAACAACAGGAGGAAAAACUGAGCUUAUGGAGGCCCACCUGUGAGCCAAGAUGGACAUUUUGUGCCAACAGUGAUGAAGUCAUGGAGAUGUAAAGUGUGCGCAUGUGUAGUUCAUGUGCUUAAUUUCUGUUUAUGCCAGUUAGAUGAUCUUAUUUGUGGGGAAAGACCUGAGGUGGUAUGUGUGUUGCUAGAUGUGUGUAUGCCGUGCUUUAAUUAUCAGACAGCACGACAUCUCUUGUAUUUAAAUCAGGUCUCAGUGUCACAAGUUUAACUAAUAGCCUAAUUUUACAGCACAUUUCUAGGGAAUUCCUUCGAGCCUUAAAAAAAGCAGGUAACAAUCUGAUGGGUAAAAUGGCGGUAAACUGAAUGACAUGCCUGUGUGCGCUCCUUGCUGAUCUUUCUCUGUUCCUGUGAUUUGUCAACUUGAAUGUCAUCUGGAUGGACCUCAUUGGUAUCAUUAUGUAUUGCUCUGUGUUAACCUUGACCAAACAUACAGUUCUGCUACCUUCCCUCCUACACAUUCUAACUCUUUCAAAAAGUUCUGUGGAAGACUCAAAGUAAAAACAGCUGGAAAAUUGAGAAAACACUGAAACAUUAAAAACACUAUUUUAUGACCUCUCAAAUUGUCUGUGGGGUGGGGAAAUAGGUUUAUUUGCAGUCUCAACUCCUGUGGCUUUGUAGCUGGGUCUCUGAAUGUGGAGCCCCCACCCCCUCACAUCCAGUGUGGAAAGAAUAGAAUCAUUGAAUAGUAGAGUUGGAAGGGGCCAAGAAGGCCAUCGAGUCCAACCCCUGAUGUUGCAGGCCACCAGUUUACACCAUCCCACUUUCAUGACCCUUUUUGUACGUCUCUAGUGUGGAAGAGCCCUCUCUGGGCAACUGGUUUCAUAGCACUGGUGGCCUCUCUGAGCUGAGAAAUCGGCUUUUGAGAGGAAGAACUGGGGUGUGCUGGGAGGAGGGAGGGGAGCAAGCUGGGGACAGUGGCUUGCACCCAGGCUCCUCUGCUCCUCCUUCCUUUCCAUCACUUGGAUAGCCCAGAAGGGCAGUGUACAGGGGAGGGGAGGGGAGGGGAGAUAGCAGUGACCAGGCGAGCCUCCAUGUUCAGAGGCUUGCUUACAUCAAGGGCAGAGGACAUUGGCUUGUGUUUUCCAGUCCUAGCUUCUAAACGAAGUCUGCAGUCGUCAUUUCAGGCAGUGUGUAAUUGUGGGUGUUGUCUACCUAAAUAUUUGGAAAAGGAAAUUUUUGAUAAAGUCAAGGCUAGAAGAGAGAAGCAUUAUUUUGCCUUAAAAAUUGUAUUGUGCUUGUCCGUGUGGCCUGUAUGUUCCCUGUCUCUGUGCCAGACCAUUGUGAUGGUGGUGAAGAGUUACGUUGCAAGAAUAUGUUGGUGACUGAAGCCAUAUUCUGCUGUGACAGAAGCCUGCCCAGUUUUGUGCAUUUGUUAUAUGCAGCAGCAGCAGCUGCCAUUGCUGUCACUGCAGCCACUGAAGCAUUUGACUUGCCAGGACACCCGCCUACGAGGGGAAAGCACAGCUCCUUCCCUGUGACCAGAGGAGAGGAGCAGAGGAGGGAGGACGCAGCUCAGCCAGCACUGCGCAAGCCCGGCCAGCAGCUCCUGCCGGCACUGAAGGCCCAUGGCAUUCAGCAGCCGCACGCUGGCACAGUGUCAAAGGAGUGUCCCCCGCCCCGCCUCAGCCUUCCCUCUGCUGGCUCUUGCUGGGGAAAAUGGUUGGGCUCUAAUGCCCACCCUUCACAGCCAGCACAAGCAUGGGAAUUGCAGUCCAAUACAAUUGGACACCAGGCUGGGGAAGACUGUCUCCACCUUCAGUCCAUUGUGGGUAUCGUUGGGACAUGGCCACCAGCAAACCACCUCACUACCUGCCCGACUGGAUUGUGUAUGUACCUUGUGUAACCAGUUAUGGUGAUUUUAAAACCUGGAAGAAGGGAGCGCCCUACAGUGGCUAUGGUUCUGUCAUGAAUGUCUUGAAUUUUGUGCUAAAUAAAUGUGUUGUUUAGGA